UUCGCUGCCCCAGUUGCUUCUCUCUCUCUCAUAAUAACCUCCGGCUAGUUGUUGUCGGAUUCCGGCUACUUUCUCUGCCCAUUUAUAUAUACCCAACCCUCACAUCUCUCCCUCUCUACCCUUCAGAUUAUUUCCUCUCUUAUCUUUCUUCCCCUUCACCUUUCUCUUCCUUUCUCCUUUUGGUUCGACUCGAAACCUGAAACCUCCUAAUCCCAAUAUCCUUUCCACACACGUAGCCACCCACCCACCCACAUGUAUGUGUAAUUGCCUAUAUCUGCAACUGUGUAUGUUACAUGUAGUUCGUCUGUGACUCGGGUCACUAAACUACAGUGAAGCUACUCCCCCUUCCCUCAGCUAAUCUUUCUCUUUUUCUGUUCUUUUUCUUGAGUCUCUCUCUAUCUCUCUAGCCUUUUCUGGCUCUCGACCGUGUGCUUGUUCCGGACGAUGAAUAGAGCAUUGUUGCCGGAGAUGUUGCACUGUACGGACAUGACUGUGCCUGAGAAACAAAGGGCUCGCUUUAAAUGGCAACCAGAACAGCAGCAGCAGCAACCUCAAGAUAGUUUUUUUGGUGAUUUGAGCGGGGUUUUUCAUUUGCAGCAGCAUCAGCUUCAAGGGUUUCAGGGUGAUCUAGGUGAGGUUGUAACUCGGUCUGUGAAGCCUGACCCUGCUUUGAUGGAUAACGGUUGGCCUGAUUUGGUGGGGUUUGGACCUUGUGGCUAUGGGAAUAACAAUGGUUCCGGUUUUGAUAUUAAUUAUGCUAUUUCUAGGACUUCUAGCUGCCCUCCUGCUGUGGCGGAGGCUGCGGUGGAUGCUGCUGUUCUGGCCAACGGCAGAGAGCCUGUUGUGUCAGAGAAGUUGAGUUCUGGAGUUGGUAGAGAGAGUUUGAAGAAGAGAAAGAUUGAUAAAGUGCAGAAUAACACAAAGGUUGUUGCAGAAGAUGACAGUAGAGACAAAAGGAUCAAAGGAUGUGGAGAGGAGGGAGAGUCAAAGUUCAUAGAGAAAAAUAACAACAAAAGCAGUACCACCAGCAAAAACAGUAACAAAGAAAAUUCUGCAGAGACUUCCAAGGAUAAUUCUAAAGUAACUGAGGUUCAAAAACCAGAGUACAUUCAUGUCCGGGUACGCAGGGGUCAAGCCACUGAUAGCCACAGCUUAGCUGAAAGAGUAAGGAGGGAAAAAAUCAGUGAAAGAAUGAAGUAUCUGCAAGAUUUGGUGCCAGGAUGCAACAAAAUCACAGGAAAAGCAGGCAUGCUUGACGAAAUCAUUAACUAUGUUCAAUCUCUUCAACGACAAGUAGAGUUCUUGUCGAUGAAACUAGCUGCUGUCAAUCCAAGGCUCGACUUUAACAUUGACAACUUAUUUUCCAAAGAGCAGGCAUUUCCUGGUUGUACAACCAAUUUUCCAGCAAUUGGGAUGUCGUCUGAUAUGACUAAUCCUGCCUACCUUCAGUUUAAUCCAGUACAGCAACAGCAACGGCAACAGCAGCAGCAGCCACAACAACAGCUAGUGACAUGCUGUGGAUUGGAUAUGGGGAUAAAUCCUCCUGAUAUGGGACUUAGAAGAACUAUCAGCGCUCCUGUAUCAAUCCCUGAAAUGUUUAUUGAAUCUUCUUGCUUCAAUCAAAUCCAGGCCUCAUCAACUUGGGAUGCUGAUCUACAAAAUCUGUAUAAUGUAGCAUUUGAUCAAGGAAGAUCAACAUCCUUCCCACCUCAGCCAUUUACAGGCGCCAUUGAAGCUACCAAUCUGAAGAUGGAGAUGUGAAUGGGAACAUCGAUUUUAUACGAUUCUUGGAAGAGAGAUUAUUCUAAAUGCCUUUGAUAUCCUGAUUCUUUUUCAUCUCUAAGUACAUACGUAUAUAUUUGUAUGCAUACUUGCAUUGACAUAGCACGAAUAAAAUCAUAACUAUUAACAUCAAA